UCCGCGGCCACGGCGCUGCGCGGCCCGCGCGGCGACACCUGUUCGCGGCAGCCCGGGCAGCACGCGAGCUCCGGGACGCGGUCCUCGCCCGCCGCUCGCCGCUCGCCUCUCUGCAAGCCGCUGGACCUCCGCAGAGCCUCUGCAGCAUUCUGGAUACUAGCUUUGGACGCCGAAAGUUUUUUUUCCCCCUUCUUUUUGUUAUAUUAUCCUUAUUUUUUGGAGGAGGGACUGGGAGGAGAGAUUUGUCGCCGCCGCCAACGUGAGAUUUUUUUUUUCCCCUUGAAGGAUUCAUGCUGAUGUCUGCAGAGUCGGUUAGAGAGUAAAAACAGCGCAUGCCUUUCUGGAGUCAGGAUCCGUAAAUUCUGACGUAGCCCGAGCAUCUUAAAAAUCCCUGUAAUAUCGCCCAGGCACUUACGUUGCUAUGGUCAUUCUGAUCUCUAAGCAAAUGGAGAAACUACGGAUUUUUUUCCCUUAUUACGGUCGGAUGGGAUGAAGACCUUUCUGCCUGCUGAGAGUCGAGGCUCCAUAUGUAGCGAUGCAUAGCUGUGUUGAUCAGUGUCAGUGUGUGAGUAUAAAGUGGUGGCUUCUUAGACUAUCAGUGGUUUGACCUUGAACCUGUGCCAGAGAAACAGCCGAUUACUUUUAUUUAUGCAUUGGAUGGAUUGAAGAAAAGAACCCCUUUUCCCUCUCUGUCUGCAACUGCAGCAAGGGAGGGGAGUUGGAUAUACCUCGCCUAGUGUCUCCUGGUUGAUCAUCAUUAUUGUUUAUUCUUGUGCUUAAAAGCCGAGUCCUCUGAUGGCUCCCUUAGGUGAAGUUGGGAGCUAUUUCGGUGUGCAGGACGCGGUACCGUUCGGGAACGUACCGGUGUUGCCGGUGGACAGUCCGGUGUUGCUAAGUGACCACCUGGGUCAGUCCGAAGCAGGGGGGCUGCCCCGGGGACCCGCAGUCACGGACUUGGAUCAUUUAAAGGGGAUUCUCAGGCGGAGGCAGCUGUACUGCAGGACUGGAUUUCACUUAGAAAUCUUCCCCAACGGUACUAUCCAGGGAACCAGGAAAGACCACAGCCGAUUCGGCAUUCUGGAAUUUAUCAGUAUAGCAGUGGGCCUGGUCAGCAUCCGUGGUGUGGACAGUGGACUCUACCUCGGCAUGAACGAGAAGGGGGAGCUGUAUGGAUCAGAAAAACUAACACAGGAGUGUGUAUUCAGAGAACAGUUUGAAGAGAACUGGUACAACACCUACUCUUCCAACCUGUAUAAACAUGUGGACACCGGAAGGAGAUACUAUGUCGCUUUAAAUAAGGAUGGGACUCCAAGAGAAGGGACCAGGACUAAACGGCACCAGAAAUUUACACAUUUUUUACCUAGACCAGUGGACCCUGACAAAGUACCUGAACUAUAUAAGGAUAUUCUAAGCCAAAGUUGACAGAGACAGUGUCUUCACUUGAGCCCUUAAAACAUAACCACUAUAAAUGCUUUCAUGCGGUGGGUUCUUAUUGAUUAGCAGUGCCGUCACCUCAGCUCCACUGUUGCCAAACUUUGUCGCAUGCAUAUGUAUGAUGGAAGCUUGGAUGAGGACUUGCCAAUUUGCUCUGCACUUACUGGCUGGUCCUCCUGGAGGGCUGCCUAGGGCCACUUGCUUGAUUUAUUGCGAAAGCUGGGGAGAGAGGCUAUGGGAGAGGGUGAGUGCAUGAGUGAGUGGAGGGGGACUGCAGCGCACCACGAGGACAACGGCCUGAUGCAUGCUGGGAAAUAGACACGCUUUUACAUUUUUGAUCAGUUGAACUUCAUCCUUUAUCAGCACAGCUGCCAUACUUCAACUCAUCAGGAUUUUUGGCUGGUGGCCUGCUCAAGGGAACACUGCCUUUCCACAGGCGUGGAGAGAGCAGUCUCACUUAAAAAGACUAUCAGUUCAUUCUCACUGGUAUCACAGCCCAGUGAAUUUAAAGCAAAGACCUCUUAGUUUAAAAGAAAAAAAAAAAGAAAAAAAAAGAAAAGAAAAAGAAAAAAACAAGGAAAAAAAAGAAAAAAAGAAAAAAGGUUAAAUUUAUUUAUAGAAAUUCCAAAGGCAACAUUUUAUUUAUUUUAUAUAUUUAUUUAUUAUAUAGAGUUUAUUUUUAAUGAAAUAUGUACAGGCCAGAUAGGCAUUUUGGAAGCUUUAGGCUCUGUAGGCAUUAAAUGGCAAAGUCUGCUAUGAACCUGUGGUAACUUCAUGCAAGUAGGUAUACGAGAAAUUCUAAUGGCCCUAAUGUACUAAAGGCGACAAUCUAUUUUGUGCCCAUAUUAUUGUAAACUUCUGCACAUCGCUCAUGACACUGAGGAUUCACUCUUCAGGCUGCUUGUUUCAUAGCUUAUCCCAGAGGAUUAAAGAUAAACUGGGUUUCAACCCUUCAUUUCGUGUCUGUAAUUUUCCUCUCUCGUAACUCAGUCUCUCAGUGUAACUGGGUGGUUGGAACAUAUGAGGGUUGGUGUAUGUCUUAUGUGUUUGAAUCUAUUGCAGAGUGUACCAAAGCUAAGCAAUGACUAUACUUUUUAAAUUUCAGCCCACUUCCAUGACAACAGGGCUAACAUCAAACAUGGCACUGAUUAAAAUUUCCCAAGGGAGAGCAAAAGCUGUUUAUGUAGCUCCUCUUCCUCCUCCUGGUCCUCCUCCACCUCCUCCUUCUCUUCUUUCUUUUCUUCUCUUCAUUUUCUUUCCCUGAGGCAAAAAAAUCAGAUGAACGGGAUCAUUCUUGUAAAUGUUUUAUUUGUGUCUUGGCUAUCAAAUAUGGAAUUAUACAUGGACCCUAUGGCUCACUAUAACAUCUUUUAUGGGAAUUGCAUUUGGUGUGAACUGUCAUAAUUACAUGGGGCUAGUACCCUUCAAGUAAAACUGGCAACGUGAAACUAAUAAAUCUUUAUCAGUAAUGACAUUAGGGGGGUAUUGUACUCAUUGCCUGUGCUUUAUUUCCGAAUCGGUCUUCAGCAGUGCUCAGAGAAGUGGGUACUAAGUAGAACACUGUUUACAAAACCUUUUAUAACAUCAUAUGCUGAAAAGCUCAAGAAUACAUACUUAUUUGAUAGCCAAAAUUCUCCCAUUGGGUAAGGGAGACCAUUUCUCUCUCACUAUAUAUACUAAGGUGAAAAGAGCCAAAUUCUUGAGGCAAUAUUUGAGGAAAGAAAUCUAUAACACAUUCUCACUUUCUUAGCCAGUUAACAUGGGGAAAUUGAAAGUGACAGCUAAAAAAAAUAUGCUUGAGUUUGUGCAGCUAAUUUUAAGAUGCAAUAUUCUGGCUUUGUUUUGCUUGAAUGCACAUUCUCGAUGGGAAAAGAAAGCGUGUCACUGGCAAGUGAUAGCUGUUGUGGUCUAGAAAUGCCUGCCUUCCUGUCCUGAGCAAAUCCACAUAGCCUUCUUAUGGUCCAAGCUGGAGUGUGUGAUGAUGUUCCGUGCUGAUGAGCAUUAGGGAGGAGCUUGUAUUUGGAACUGAAAGAUGUCACAGAGAGAGGAGCCAGACGCUCUGUGAAACAGUCAAUAGGAGAAAGAUCAGAACGUACUCCUCAUGUGUGAUCCUUGGAGCCCCUUCCACUUCCUAAACAGGAGCUCUGGUGAGUUUUGAGCAGUGUCUUUAUUUGUUAUUUAACACUUUGCUGCUAAAGUGUACACAUACUCAGAUUUCCAUUUAUCCAACAGCAUUUAUUUUAUAUUUUAUUUUAUUUUUUGCUGAAAAAGAUUCAACAUUUGGCCACAGGAAAGAAUUAGGUUGGUAGGACAUCAUAGCUGUGAUAUCUAUCUGAAGAAAUUGAUUUUAAGAGACAGACAGUAAUAAUCAUAAAGUAGCAGGGGUUCCAGAAAAUCAGCCCAGAAGAAUAAAAAAGAAUUGUGCAAAAACUAAAAAUUUCAUAUAUUCCCAAUAUAUGAAAAUGCUACUUUAAUGUCUAUUUUUGGACUUUGUUUUGGUACUUUUUUUUUUUUUCUUUUCUGAAAAGCAAAUGUUGUCUGCUUUUGGUAACCAGUACAAUAAACUGUAAAAAUGGUCUGUAAAUAAAUAAAUAAAUAUUGAUGUAUGCUAUUUAUGUAAAUAGGCAUUCUGGGUGAGAAGAUGGCUCAGGGUUUCUGUGUCACCCUGGGAAGUAGAUGGAUUACUCCCAGCUCUUGGGUUUGCAUCGCGUUCAGUUCCUGCUAUAAGAGGUGCAAAGCCUGUUGGAUGGCAGCCCCACUCCACUGUGGGCUGGGUGAUUCCAGCUCAGAAGCAGAUGCUCAGAUAGCCAAACCGCUCUCUUGUUAGUGCCAACACUGACAUCCUGGUCAAAGACUUAGCCAGGGUGGACUGAACCACCUUCCCAUCUGUCAUGCAAAUGCCCCCAAGCAGUGUUGAAGGACUUGCCAGGUCAGUGUUGGAACCUGCCCUGCCAGGUCCUGUCUUGUAGAUAAAAAAAUGGCUUCAGUUGGUGGUAUUUUCCCUAUUUCAUCUCAUUAACAUCACAAUAUUGUGUCACUUACUCAAUAAUCUGUAAUCGAAUGUAAAUACAUACAGGAUUAUGUACGUUGUGUAAAUACAUAAUUACAGACUUUG